GACGAGGAGCGUCCGUUAUAGAGAGGCGAGCCGGCAACGAGUCGAGCCCGGCCGUCCUGCAAUGGUGUGGGGGUGGAUAACGGUCUCCAGGGGCGGAGGCGUCUCCCGCCAUAUUGGUGAAGGGUCUGGGUGCAGCAGCCGGGACGCCGCCAUCUUAUUAAAGGGAAAGAGCCAGCCUCGCCAGACCGCCCCGUGUGCCGCCCGCGAGAGGAGAUGCCGACCAGCUGCGCAGCGGCGGGCUGUGCCGCCGUCUACAACAAGAGCGUCAACGUCAGCUUCCACCGGUACCGCCCGGGCUGGGCUGGGGGAGGGUUAGGCCGGCUCUCCGGGCGGUUCUCUGCCCCCGAGGAAGCCGGAUUUCCUUUGGAUCCCAAGAGAAGAAAGGAAUGGAUACGUCUUGUAAAACGCAAUAAUUUUGUGCCAGGCAAACACACUUUUCUUUGCUCAAAGCAUUUUGAAUCCUCCUGUUUUGACCUAACUGGACAAACUAGACGACUUAGAAUGGAUGCUGUUCCUACAAUUUUUGAUUUCCCUCAUCUAAAAAUCAGGAAACCUAUGUCAAGAAAUCUGAAGAAAGAUGCUUAUACCCCAGAAGGGGUAUCUAACUUCAAAACAAACAUUAGCUGUAGACAAGUACAACUUGAACACAGUUAUGCUUUCAGAAGCCCCAUGGAAGCCAAGAAAAGGAUAAUUAAGUUAGAAAAGGAGAUAGCAAGCUUGAGAAGAAGAAUGAAGAACUGCAUUCAAAAAGAACAUAGAGCCACACAAAGAUGGAUAGAAAUGACUUGCCUCAUCAAAAACUUGGAAACAAAUAAUAUUUUACCAGGAGUUACACUGGACCACAUUUUACCAAAUGCCUUAAGAAACUUUCCCUUGGAAGAUUUCAAAAAUAUUUUGCAAGAACAGCAAGACCAUCUAUAACAGCUUUACCAAUUUUAAAACUAGACUUCAAAAUUUAAAUUUAUACUGAAUAUAAUGCCAAAAAAUGUAUCCAGCUUAAUUAAUAUGUUUUUCUAAGACAUUCUUGUGGUGGUGAGGGACAAUACUGGUUCUUAUGGCUGCUUAAUUAAUUGCAAAUACCCAUCUAUUACUAAUGAAAACUUUACCACAAGUCUUUUAAUUGUGAUAGUAAGUUUUCAAUCAGUUAAUAAGAGUGCCUUAUGCAAGAACUAGUUCUGUGAAUUAACCAUCUUUUCGUUUUUAAAUAAUUGAGCAUUGUGUUUUAGUUGGUGGUGUUUGGUUGGUCUAUUUUUGUAGAACAUCUGAGUAAUUGAAAUGGACCAGUUUUUGAUGGAACACGCACGCUAUUCAGGUAUUGUCCAUCUCGGAGAUGUUUCGUACAAGUAUAUACUACAGGCAUUUUGCUGUACCUUUAUUUAAGGCAAG